AUGGAGACUGUGCUGUACGCCUCUUGCUGCCACUAUACAUCUUGGCCAACCAUUAGGACUCGUUACAAAAUUAAGUCCAACAGCCAAUCCCAGCUCCUCUUGGUUCCACUUUCAGUCAUACCUAACAUCAAGAGUUGCCCAAGCAGGCUCACUCUGACGUAUACAUUUAAUGCUAACGCCACCUGCCGACGUCCCCUGACUGUGCUAGCACACCUUUCUGGUCUCUUCCCGUAUCAUUCAACGCUGCCUGAGUAUAUUACCCCCAGUCUACAUCGAAUCUCCGAGAAAAGGCAUUGUCGGCUGCCAGCACUUGAGCAGCCGAUUGACACCUAUAUUUACCUCCUAGUGAAUAAUCAGCUCAUCGAUCCACCGCGUCAGUAUGACCAUGACUUGCAGUGCCAGAACGUGUGCCUCUCAUCUUACCGGGUCAUUUUAGAUCUCCUUAAAUGUCAUGUCAAGGAAAAGUACACAGCAGACUUUGUCAAGGAUCACCUCUUCAAGAACACCAUAGACAAAAUCAAGCAACUCCGUUCCCAAGCCAGUAUUGCCAAAAAUGGAAACAAUAACAUCCCUGGAACCAGCAGCAAGAAUACAAAUGGAAAUGGAAAGUCUAGUACUGCAACCAGCAAGAUAUCAACACCAAGCAGCACCACAGCCACUUUGAACAGUGUUAACAAAAAGUCCUCAAGUAGUAGCACCAGCAGCAGUGAGGCUGAAAGUGCCAAGAAAAGCAGUACCAGCAUGCAGAGGAAUAAGGAGAAAGCUGAGUGUCAGUCUGACAAAGUCAGACAAGACCUCAGUGUAGAGGAGAAAGGGGUUUGUCCAGGUAGUGGUGUAGAGACCAUCUCACAGCCCAGCAGUGGGUCCAUCUCUUCUUCCUCACCCUCAUCCUCUUGCCAUGCCUCCACCUCAGCCAAGCCAGAAGACCCUGAGGUGUCCUCCAAGAAGGAUGAUCUGUACAACAGUGUGAGCCUUAAGAAACGUAACUCAGUCUCGGGCAGCAGUGCCAAUGGUAAUAAUAAUAAUAACAAUAGCAAUAGCAAUGGUGCCAGUAAGGAGAAGAAAGAUGACUCCAGCUCCAGCAGCAGCAGCAGCAGCAGCAGCAGUAGCAGCAGCCAGUCUUCAGGGUACAUAGACAGUCAAAAGAACAUAAACUACACUAGACUAUUGACGGACCAAAUCAUGGCAGUAGACAAGCAAGUGGUGCAGCAUUGCAAGAGCAGGACAGACAUGUCAGGCACAACAGCAGUAAUUGCCCUGUUGGAUGGUGAGCUGUUAGUUAUUGGCAAUGUUGGCGACUCCAGAGCAGUCAUGGGUGACCUCAAGGGAUCAACCAUUCCACUCUCCUUUGAUCACAAGCCAAACCAGCUGAAGGAGAGACGGCGAAUCAAGGAGGCUGGAGGCUUUAUCACUUUCUCAGGUGUGUGGCGUGUGGCAGGUAUUCUGGCCACCUCCCGUGCCCUCGGAGAUUUCCCCCUCAAGGAACCUCGCAAACUGGUCACAGCCGAGCCAGAUGUCCUCACUUUCAGUCUUCGUGAUCACAAGGCUCACUUUGUCAUCCUGGCCACAGAUGGACUGUGGGAUGUGUUUAGCAAUGAGGAGGCAGUAGCAUAUAUCCGUGACCACAUCCACGAAUCAGACUUUGGCGCCAAGUCCUUGUGCAUGAGUGCUUACUACCGAGGCUCACAGGACAACAUCACUGUUGCCAUCCUCAAUAUAGACAAGUUGGGCUUGUGAAUGAUGUAUUCAUUCUUCUUGAUCAUUUCCGUAGUUCAAAAAAA